ACAAGGAGCAGAAGAGGAGAGUAAACCGCUGCUGGAUCCUGUUUCUGAGCCAACAUUUGCUCAUCUGUGUCACGAGACACUUCUGAUUUCAGGACGUCCAUCUGAAGGUAGAAGAAGAAGAAUGAGUCCUCCAAAAAAGAAACAGGGAGAAACCGCUAACCGCUGUCAGCCCUGUGACAAAUCUGUUACAACAGCUGGAGAUUUACAGGUUCAUCUCAAGGUUCACUCUGGAGCAAAACGGUACAGCUGUGAUGAAUGUGGGAGCGUUUUCACUCAGGCAUCGAGCCUGAGACGACAUCAACGCAUUCAUAGUGGAGAGAAACUGUACAUCUGCGAUCAAUGUGGGAGCUCUUUCACCACAGCACAGAACCUGAAAUACCAUCAACGCAUCCACACUGGAGAGAAACCUUACAAGUGUGACCAGUGUGGAGAAACCUUUUCAAUCAGGUAUUACCUUAAUACCCAUCGACGUGUUCACACUGGAGAGAAACCCUACAGCUGUGACCAAUGUAAGAAAACCUUUGUUACCAAAACUAAACUGGAAUGCCACAGACGUGUUCACACUGGAGAGAAACCGUACUGGUGUGAACAAUGUGGGAAAUUGUUUUCUCGGAGUCAUCACCUUAAUGUCCACCGACGUGUUCACACUGGAGAGAAACCGUACUGGUGUGAACAGUGUGGGAAAACAUUUUCAAGAAGUUGUCACCUUAAAGUUCACCAACGUGUUCACAAUGGAGAGAAACCGUACUGGUGUGAACAAUGUGGGAAAAGGUUUUCUAGCAAUGGUGGCCUCAAAUCUCACCAACGCCUUCACACAAAGUCUUGUUAAUCAU